AUGCGGGUUUUCAGUCCCCCCCCCCCCCCCCCCCCCCCCCCCCCCCCCCCCCCCCCCCCCCCCCCCGGCUCCCCACCUGCUGCGACGCGACUCCUGGCGAGAAGAAGCCGGAGAUGA